UGUGUUCAGUGGUGGAGUGUGUCUCCCCCUGCUGGACAAACGUUGACAUUGACUCUGUCCCUCUGUUUCAGCUGCUUUAAUUUCUCAAACUCAGUUUUUAUUUAUUUAAUGUAUCAUUUUAAUAUUGUUUUCUUUGGAACUUAGACCAGGCUAAAUAUUUAUGUAGACAUUUUUCACAGCAGAUGAAUUUCUGAAGAAGAGAAAACACCCUGAAAAUCUCCAAAGUAAAAAAUAUUUUACUAUACGAUAUUUUUACUUUAAAACCUAACUGAAACAAUCACUGAGUUAUUAGAACUGUGGUUCUGUUUAUAUGUCUGUUUCUUUGUCUCUAGAUGAGACAUAAGCCGUCACACAAAAGUAGAAAGCCUUGAUUUCAAAAUGUCUGGUUUCCACUGAGACUUUUGACCUCUGCUGGAAGGGGGCGGGACCAUGGAGUGGGAUGUUCUCCUCAGAAGCGAAUCAGGGGGCUUGGACCGAACAUAGCCAAUAGAGGAGAAGGGGCGUGACAUAAGAUGUCUUUCCAUAUUCACAGUUUGAGUCCUGAGUCCUCAUCCUGAGUACUGCUCUGUUUGAAUAGAGUACCGCCCGGAGCGCUACCUGUACUGGGUGUAAUAUUCUUGCCUCCACAUUACCACAUCCCUCUUCUUCUUGAACAGCAGAUGGACUCAGUAGCACCCCCCUGCCUCUCUCUGGUCUCUGUCGUGUCUCUUUUGGCAUGUAGUGUCCAGGUGUUAGCAGCCGCCCUACUGACACACAGGUAUGGUAGGCGGAGUUCUGCAGUGGACAGAUGGAUCCUGUUGUGGCUUUUCUAUGAUGUCAUUGUCCACCUGACACUGGAAGGUCCAUUUGUCUACAUGUCCCUGGUUGGGACGGUGGAGACGUCUGAAGGUCCAUUGGCUGAACUCUGGAAGGAAUAUGGAAAAGCUGACAAACGAUGGCUGAUUUCUGAUCCGACUAUUGUGUCCAUCGAAAUUCUGACUGUCAUCCUUGACUCUCUGCUGGCUGUGCUACUCAUACACGCAGUACUGAAGGACAAAUACUACAGGCACUUCCUGCAGAUCACUCUGAGUGUGUGUGAGCUGUACGGCGGCUGGAUGACCUUCUGUCCUGAUUGGCUGGUUGGCAGUCCCCACCUGAACACAUCCAGCUGGCUCUACCUGUGGCUCUACCUGGUCUUCUUUAACGGGCUCUGGGUCCUGGUUCCAGCUCUGCUGCUGCUCCAGUCCUGGCUCUCUCUGAGGAGCCUGCACGCGCUCAGACCAGACAAUGAUGUAAACAGGAAGAAGAUGUAGAGACAACUGCGUUGAAUCGGUGUCUGCCUGAUCCCAUGACGUUUUGAUCACCAAUCAGUGAUUUCUGCUUUGAAACUCGUUAAUGUAAAAUCUGAUGUGAGAUCAGCAGGAACAUUAAUCAUAUUUGUCUUCGUUGAUGUUCAUGAGCCCAGUUGUAAACGUGUCAUUCAGUAUGGGACAAUUAAUUUGUAGACAUUUCAUAUUUCAGCUUUGUUUCUAUGCUGAUCUGAGGUCAUUUUCACUCCUGUAGUGAAUCUGGUCCAAAGACAAAAUGGAUUCCAUUGGAUUCCAGACACAGGAAGAGACAGGAAGUGAGACCAGAAGCUGAUGGAUCUGAUCAGGACGUGUCACAAGACCCAGGGAGACGUGAAGUCACAUGACUGACUGCUGAUUCAGUCUGGUGUCUGACAGAACACACCUGAGUUCACCUGAACAGGUGUUGUGUCAGGCUUUGUGAUUAAAUGUCUUGUUCAGCUGCAGGAUUUUCAACUUGAAUCAAAAUCACUAACGACAAAUACAAUCAAUUUAAUGAUCAGAUUCAUGUUUUUAACUUUUAAUUUAUGCAACCUACCAAUUUAUUGGUCAGAAUAAGACAAUUAUUGACAAGUUAGGAUUACUGUCACCAGGCAGACUUUAAAAAGUAAAAUGGUGCAUUUUGAAUGGCUGGAAAAUAUUUGACAGACUCUGAAUUAAAACAAGGGAAAAUCCUUGAAAUUAUCCUUUAAACCUCCUUAAAGUGCAGUUAUCAAACAACACACUUAAUAGUAUAUUUAUGAUUACGUUCAAAUAGUUUUAUUCAGUAUAAAUAAAUGUUUUAAAAAGUUUUAGUUUUAAUCAUCUCCUUCCCAUCAUUUCCCCCUCCCCCUCCUCCUCCUCAGCUCUUAUUGAUUAGUUUGUUGACAGACAAGAAGGCCUGCUGCAGGCCGAGUCCCUUCAGAGCACUGCAGGCCUGAAUCUCCCACAGCCGGUUGGUGUAACUGGGCAGAUCCAGCUGGUUGGAGAUCUGGAGGGGAGGAGGAGGUACAGAGAGAGAGAGAGAUGGAGGAAGAAGAGGAUGAAACAUCUCUGUCUCCUUCAUCCUUGUUCCCUCAUUAGGGAGCUUCUUGUGUCCUUGCCUCCAAGUCAAUCCCCCCAUUGCUUCUUCCAUCAUUCGUCCCUUAAUAUGAAGACUGUUUGAUUUAUGUGACUUAUGUGAUUUGUGGGUCAUCUGGACCAAGAUGGACUGGUUUACUCUAAAUUGAAUCAGUGUAAAAUUGUAGAGCUUAUCUUUGGGUUCUAAAUCUUUUAAAAUCUUUUACGUUUUUUCCAGCCGUUUAAGAAGUCUAGCGAUUCAGGGUCAUGUGGGCUGGGUUUCCUACCUCUCGUAUGGUCAUCGACUUUGGCAGGUCCUUUUUGUUGGCCAGAACCAUCAAAGGGAUCCCUUGUAACUUCUCAUCACCCAGGACCUUCUUCAGGGCUUUCUGGGCCUCCGGCAUCCGGGUUUGGUCACUGCUGUCCACCACGAAAACCAGAGCCUUACAGUCGUCCAGGUAGUGCCUGAAGAGUUCGAUUUAUUAGUAACAACAGAAGAUUGAUUUGUUUGUUUAUGUUGCUCAAUUCUGUUCUUGUGAGCUGCCAUGACAAGUGAAUUUCCCCGCUGUGGGAUCAAUAAAGUUCAUCUUCUCUUA